AUGGCGGCGGCGGCCCAGCGAAGUGCAGGUGAGGAGGAUACUGGACACUCGGGGCUCCUCAACCGGCGCGCGAACCGGGAGUCAGGCGAAGAGACCGACGAGGAUGCUCUGGACCAGUUCACCUCACAGAAGACGGCCGCGAAGGAUCGGGAAUGUCCCUCUGAUUCUUUCUUAUCCGUCUGUGUUGGUGUCUCUCCCUUUGCAAACAAGCUUCGUGGGAGGGGGCGAGUGGGGAGCAAUGACAGAAGUGAAAGAGAGAAAUUUGGGGAAUGGCACCUUGGCGGAGGGACUGUGGAAAAAUUCCUGCUCAAAUCCAGCACGGUAAAAGUGGAAAUUAUCUCCUUGGGCUGCAUAAUCACCGCGUUGGAGACUAAAGACAAAGAUGGAAAAUUCUCAGAUAUUGUUCUAGGCUUUGAUCAUUUGGAAGGGUACACCAACAAGCACCCCUACUUUGGAGCUGUCGUUGGACGGGUUGCUAACAGAAUUGCCAGAGGGAAAUUUACAGUCGAAGGAGUCGAGUAUCAAUUAGCCAUCAACAAUGGACCCAACAGUCUGCAUGGAGGAAAGAAAGGUUUUGAUAAGGCCAUCUGGGAACCUGAAGUGCUGCCAGAUGGCGUACGGUUUUUCAGAGUAAGUCCAGAUGGUGAAGAGGGAUAUCCUGGUGAGCUGAAAGUCUGGGUGACGUAUACUCUCAAGGAUGGGGAGCUAACAAUCAGCUACAGAGCUCAAAGCAGUAAGACCACGCCAGUCAAUCUGACAAACCAUGCGUACUUCAACCUUGCAGGCCAGGGAUCCCCCAAUAUCUACGACCAUGAAUUUACUAUACAGGCAGAUUCUUACCUGCCAGUGGAUGAAACCCAGAUCCCCACAGGAGAAAUUGCUUCAGUGCAGGAUACAGGUUUUGAUCUGAGAAAGCCAGUGGAGUUUGGAAAACACCUGCAGAAGUUUCAGCUCGGAGGAUUUGACCACAAUUUUUGCCUGAAGCAGACAAAAGAAACAUGCUUCUGUGCGAGAGCCCACCAUCCCCCUAGUGGCAGAAUGAUAGAGGUUUAUACAACUCAGCCCGGGAUUCAGUUUUACACUGGGAAUUUCUUAGAUGGCACUCUAAAGGGAAAAGGAGGCUGUGUGUAUCCCAAGCAUUCUGGCUUCUGCCUGGAAACACAGAACUGGCCAAAUGCCGUGAACCAGCCUAAUUUCCCAGAUAGCCUGCUGCACCCAGGAGAGGAAUACAAGACCACAACUUGCUUCAAGUUCUCUGUAGCUUAAGCAAAGACCAAGAUUUUUUUGUAGCAAUCUGUAACAAGGUAGUUUUCAAAGAUUCUAGACUGUUCGUUUUAGGAUCAAAUGUGUCUUCAUGUACUCAAGAAGUCUACUUGACACCAUCCUGCAUAGACUUAAGAUUUUAUACAGGCAACCUUCUUUCUCUCCCACCGCCCCCUUGAGAGCUUACUGGUUCAAAGGCAGGUGGAAAUAGAAGAAAUAAAUCAUGUUAAAAUGUAAAUUCACUUCAAGAUACUAUUGCUAAGGAUGUUGCCACAGUUCUUCUCCACCCCAAUUUCUUAGCAAUGGUAAAGGUAUUACAUUUGCAUUGGGUCUAAAAUAGACUCUAAAUGCAAGAGCUGUGAAGAGUUGUUUAAAAGCUUGUAUUGGUUUGGAAUUCAGUAAUGUUGCAAGGAUUAAUGAGAAUGCAAAUGAAGUGCUUUGAAUCAUUAACAAAUAGACAAGUGGCAAUGGCAAAAGAAUGUUAACUGCUGCUGUUCAGUACAGACAACAUGUCCUUUUUGGAUUCUCUAUUCCACCACAGGACAAACAGCAGUAGCUACUGAACAUAUUGUCCUGUGAGCUGUACUGAAGAUCCUGCUCCCAUUUUCUUCUGCAUACCUAAAAGUAUCUCUAAACAUGCCUAUAUUGCUGGUUUCUCAGUAGCCAUUUGUGAUGCUAAAUAGGCUUAAUUCAGUACCUACGUUUGCUGUUAGUAUGUUGGCAGGGUGCUUCCCAUUAAGCUUCCAGGUAAUUGAUGGGAAACCCAUCAGCCAGCAAGGCUGUUACCUCUUUUCUACAUGCAUGGUACUAUUUUGGCUACAUAAAAACUGGAGACUUACUAUAUACAGGUGGGGCCCUGCUAUAAAAUGCUGUGCUGUAGAUUCCUGGCACGUACCUGAAGGGGGGGGGGGCGACUCCCUGCUCUAAUGCAAGUCUGUCUUCAUGUGCAAACUUUUUAAACAUUUCAAAGUGAAACCAGUGUGCAUUAAGCUUCUGCAUCUAAUGGAGUGCUUGAUUUGGCAUGGGAAGAGGCAACUUCAGUAGACUGACCUUUGCUGCAACUUAAGAGGUAUGGGGGAUUUUUGAACAGGAAUCCAGACCUAAGCCUCAUCUGUGACCUGCAGUAUUAAUAGAUGACAUUGCAUGACGGCUGCAUGCUAUUCCCAGCACAACCAUCUUUGUGUAGUUCUCAGCACAACUGAAUGUGGGAACAGCCAGCUAUCUCACCUUUGGCCCAACCCCUAAUGAACAUCACUGACGGGCUUGUGAUAAAUCAUAGCCUGUCAUAAGCCACUCUCACCCACAGCCCUUUCUAUACUCAUAAAGUGACAAAGGUGCUUUUUUUUGUUUUGUUUUUUAAGGUAAGAACACUAAACAGGAAGAGUUAGAAAGGGCCUUAUCUAUUGUUAUGUCUCCCCCACUACAAAACAUCUGUGCCCCUGUCCAAACUCUGAGAAAGUAUUUUGUUGUGGCAUUGAGAAUACAGAUUUGUCUGUCAACUGCUGCUUGCCUUUUGGCUGAAAAUAAAAACACCAACACAAGCAUUUUGGCUUGCCAGGUAGAACCAUUCUU